AUGGAUUUGGAUCUUUUCAAGAAGAGCUUGGAUUCGGAUAUCGUGAAGAAGAGUUUGGAUUACACUCGAAAGAGAAAGAAAUGGAUUCUUCUCAUCGGAGCGUUAGGGCUUUCAAGUUACGGAGCUUUUAGGGUUUACAACUCACCUUCUGUGGUGAAGAAGAGGGAGAGAUUCGCAAAGGUUUUAGGCUCGUUAGCUUCAAUCGCUGAAUUACUUGGUGAUUCCGCAGAGACAAUAGGAGUCGUUUCAAAGGACUUGAAAGAAUUCAUACAAUCUGAUUCAGACGAAAUCCCAAACAGUCUGAAGCAAUUGUCGAAAAUCACAAGAUCCGAUGAAGUUUCAGAAUCUAUCAUCACUGUUACAAGAGCUUUAACUGUGGGAAUCAUACGAGGCUACAAAGUUGGGGAAAGCAAAUCCGAUCCAGGUAACAGUUUUUCAGAUAGAGCUUUAGAUAAACUCUUUUCUCCUUCUGGAUCUGGUUUCGCCUCCAUUGUUGUUGGAAGUUUCGCUAAGAACAUGGUCAUGGCAAUUUACACCGGAAAUGGAAACGAAUCAAACACCUCAGGAAUCUCCGAAACUUCAACCUCUAUCCAGAAAUUUGUCGAUGUAAUAGCAGAAGAGAAAUGCAAGAAACUAAUCGGCGAUUGCAUCCAACAAUUCGUAAGCACAUUAGUCACAGUUUACCUCGAUAAAACCAUGGAUGUAAACCCAUACGAACAAAUCCUCUCAGGUUUCACAAACCCUAAACACGAAGAAAAAGCAAGAGACCUCUUAACUUCCUUCACCAAUGGAGCAAUCGAAACACUCGUAAGAACAUCCCACCAAGUGAUUACAAAUCCAGAUGCAAAAGGAAAAGAACUCGUUUUAAACGGAAUCAAACCAAGAAAAAGUCAAAGCAAUUCAGGGUUUGUUCACAAGAUCUCUUCAACUUUAGCAGUUCCAAGUAACAGAAAGCUUGUUCUCGAUGUAACUGGGCGUGUGACAUUUGCAACUGUAAGAUCUUUCCUGGAGUUUUUCUUGGAUCAAUUAUCAUCAGGUAUGAAAAGAAAAGUUGAUGGAGUUCAUGAUGAAGCCAUUGAUAAAGGGCGUGAAGUUUACAGAAUUCAAAAAGAAUUGACGGCGGCACAAACGACAACAACGUACUUUCAUCAUGACGGAAGACGAUGGAUGGCAAAAGGCGGGACGAAGGCAGAGAAGAAACAUAUUCAAUCGAAUAAUUGGUGAUAGGCAAGAGAAAUUGGGUUCUAUCUCACCAAAAUUGUCAAGGUUUGGUAAAAGAUAUGGAUUUAUUAGGUUUGCUUUGAACGUUGAUGUGGAGUCCAUUGCUAAGAAGGUUUGUGAACUUUGGAUUGGUUCAAUUAAAUUGCUUGCAUAUUCACAUGUGCAUGCUCGAGGGGUAACUAAGACUAGACAACCGCAUGCAUUAGGCCCGAUACAAAAAUCGUAGGUCUAUACAGGGAAGUCCAAUUAUAAGUCCUAUGCAAUGGUGGUAGCUCCAAAAAUAAGAUAUGUGAUUGAAAGGUAUUCGGAUGAAACAUUGUCAAUAUAGGCGGAUGAUUAUGUUUUUGAGAAGAAAGACACAUAGAAGGUAGUUAUUGCUAAAGUCAAUGUAACAUCUUGAUGUUGAGGUAUUUCUAU